UGCCGGGGCCUGUCCGUGUGUCCGGCCCGGGGCUGCCCUGCCCGGGGAGCCGCCUCUCCCCCCGCCGCCCGUCCGCCCGUGCCCGCAGCCCCGGCAGGGCAGGACGAUGGUGCAGAGCCCGCCCGCACGGCAGCGCCGCCGCCUCUGAGCCCCGCCCGGCCCGGGGGCCUGAGCCCCGCCGCGGACGCCGGUGAACAAUCAGAAUAAUGUUCUACAUAAACCUGUUGGAGAACCUGAAGGUUUACAUCAGCAGCCGCCCUCCGCUCGUGGUCUUUAUGAUCAGCGUGAGCGCCAUGGCCAUCGCCUUCCUGACCCUGGGCUACUUCUUCAAGAUCAAGGAGAUCAAAUCCCCAGAAAUGACAGAGGACUGGAAUACUUUCCUGCUGAGGUUUAAUGAUUUGGACUUCUGUAUAUCUGAGAAUGAAACCUUGAAGCACCUCCUGAAUGACACCACAACUCCAGAGAGCACCGUGACCAGCGGGCAGGCCAGGUCUUCCACGCAGUCCCCACAGACCCUCGAGGACUCUGGUCCCAUCAACAUCUCUGUCACCAUCACGCUGACCCUGGACCCUCUCAGACCUUUUGGGGGAUACUCUCGCAAUGUCACCCACCUCAGCUCCACAAUUUUUGGGCACCAGAUUGGGCUUUCAGGCAGAGAAUCCCACGAGGAGAUAAACAUCACCUUCACCCUGCCAGCUGCCUGGAACUCCGAUGACUGCGUCCUGCACGGCCACUGCGAGCAGGUCGUGUUCACCACCUGCAUGACAGUGACAGCAGCCAGCAGCGUGUUCCCAGUCACAGUUCAGCCACCACAUUGUGUUCCUGAAACCUACAGCAAUGCCACUCUGUGGUACAAGAUCUUCACCACGGCCAGGGACUCGAACACAAAAUAUGCCCAGGAUUACAACCCCUUCUGGUGUUACAAGGGAGCAAUUGGCAAAGUCUACCAUGCUUUAAACCCCAAACUAACUGUUAUAGUUCCAGAUGAUGAUCGCUCUCUGAUCAACCUGCACCUCAUGCACACCAGUUACUUCCUCUUUGUGAUGGUGAUCACGAUGUUCUGCUAUGCAGUCAUUAAAGGCAGACCAAGCAAACUGAGGCAAAGCAACACAGAAUUCUGCUCUGAAAAGGUUGCUUUGUCAGAAGCAUAAACCCCCCCUGUCCUCCUGAGAACGACCGAAACCAUUGCCUGCUGAACCCAGCCUGGGUCUAAACACUCUGUGAAUCCAUUACCUUGCAAUGUUGGUUUAUUCCAACCAAAGACAUUUCAAAGUGCCUGUAAUUGAUUUGUACAUAUUUAUAAAAGCAGAAUAUUCAGAGUAAUUCUGAGCAGAUGUGCUCGUCCCCGUGGCACGGUCAGGUUCCCCUGGCCCUGCCCUGGGACAGCCCCAUGUUGGUGUAGAUAACUCCAGUGAAAAGGCUCCACAGAGGCAGAGAUUUUUGUCUAGCUGCACCUGGGCAGGUGAAGAUGCCUUUGCAAGUGUCUCAAACCAACCAAGAGAUGUUUGGUUUUUUGCCCAAUCUGUACAGUGUGUUUGAACCAAGUAUGCACCUUUGAUAUAAUCCUGCAUUUCCAAAGCCACCAAUCUACAACAUGAAUUCAAUGUGUGUUUGUGUGGCCUAAUACUUUAUUCCAUUUGCUCCUUGCUUGCAAGAAAAGAUAUCAACGUUUUAGAUUAUUUUUUUUUCUCUUUUGGAAGGAAAAAAACCUACAUAUUCACAUUUUAAUAGUGCUGUAUUUAGGACAAACUUGUGCUUUUAUUCAUAGUAAAAAAAUUAAGAAGUGAAGUCCCAUUUUAAACUGUUACUUACUGAAAAGAACUGUUUGAUUUUUUUGUUUUUGUUUUUGUUUGGUUUUUUGGUUUGUUUUUUUUGGUAUUUCAUUUGGCUUGCUGAAUGCCAGAGAACCAGUCAGCACAGAGACUAUCUGGAAAACUUUUCCACUUGGCCUCCCAUCCCCAGCCCUCCAGCCAGGAUUGUGUGUCUCUGCUGCAGAGCAGCUGUCUGUAAGCUUUUUUUUUUUUUUUUUCCCUUUUCUUUCUAGAAAGUGAAACUUAAUAAAAAGAUGCAUUGUGUUAGCAGCCUGCUGGGGCUCUGCACAGCCUUGGGCAAGUGCAAAGAGUGAAAGGAAAAGAGAUCCCAGAGUCUGUUCCAGAGCGUCACUCUGGGACUGUGCCUGCAGCUCUGAGGGGCAGCUGCCACUGGCACUGCUGAGCUCUGGCCCAUUAAAUUCAUUAAUUUGCCAUUUUCUGCUCUCCACUCAGGGGAAAAUGGCCACAAAAGUGGGGCUCUCGUGAGGAAGGUCAAAGAAUCCACCCAGUGAAACCCCUUCUGUUCUCUGUGUCCAUUCUUCAGUCUGAGUUUUGAUUCUGUGCAUUUCUCCCUUCUCCAUUCUGACUUUUGCUGGUUUUUAUUCCUGGUUCCUUGAGCAGCCUCCUGAAUUUCAGGGGUCAGGCUCUUCCUGCAGACAUUUCCAGCCCUGCUUUUAAAUCUCACUGGUUGCCUUAAAUGACUUUUUAUUUUCUCCCAGCUUUCAUUCAUUCCUUCAUUCCUUCCCACAGGCUUUUUUUUCUUCCUCCUUUUGCUCCAAACUCCACAGAAGAAAAAAGCCAAGUGAGAAUCUCAUAGUCUCAGUGAUGCUGGCAGAAAAUUCCCAGUUUAUUCCCUCCAGACACCACUCCUGGUCUGUGUGUUGGGACUUCAGUAAGUUCACGAGUGUUCGGGGUGUUUGAGCAGUCACAGUUUUGUUUCCUCCCACGGUUUCAGUUCCCUCAGUGGGAUCACCUGACAUGUUUUCCUCCAGGGAAUGUUAAGGCAAAGCUUUAGAGAUGGCCUGGUUUGAAGUUUAGGGAUAAAAAGAAGCUCCCAGUUUUUUCCUGAUGCUGCUGUGGGCUGCUGCUGCUUCCCUGGGGAGUGAAAGAGGCCAAGAGCUUCUCCUGAGCUGUUCCUAAAUCCCAGCCUGAGCUGUUCCUAAAUCCCACAAGCCCAGCCUUCUGUUAAUCCUCACUCCAAGAGCUGCCUCUGAGGGUGGCUGGAUCUGGGGCCCAAAGGCAGGAAUAGGAGAUGGAUUGGGAGAGAGGAAUCCUGGAAAUGCCCAAAAACCACCCCAAAUCCUCUGACUGCUUCAGGAAAGCAAAGCAAAUCCUUUCACCUUCAACAAAUCCCAGCUCCAAACGUCCCAGCUGGAAUUUGGGCUGUUGGGGGAACCAUUUGGGAAUGAAAGGAACCUCCUUGGCAACUUCUCCCCCACUUUCUGCACCCCCCAGGAAUAUUAAAGAUUGUCACCCACAGAUGCAAAAGGGAAAGUGUUGGAGAGUUGGGUUUUUGGCCUUAGUUCUUCCUUUUGCCCCCUGUAUUGCAGCAGGGAGGGGCAGGGUGUCCCAGCAGGCCAAGUGCUGGAAUGCUGAGGAAUAUUGGAUUGUUCCCAGGCGAUGUACAAAGUCAAAUGCAGCCAAACAGAAGAGUUAAAACUUAAUAUUAAAGUUCAGAUCAUAUUGAUCUUUCCUUUUUUUGUUUUCUUUUUUCUUUUUAACUAUGACUUGAAUCAGUUUUGAUUCUAUUUGUACGUGUUUUCUUGUUCUUAGAAAGCUGCCAUUUUCUUUUUUUUUGGUUUUGUUUUUUUGCAUUUUCUUUGGCAUUACAUAGAAAAUCUGAGCCUUGGUUUCAACCCUCUGCAGGUGAUUGUAGGGUUCGAGAUGGCUGUUUAUUGUUUUUUGUUUUGUUUUGUUUUGUUCCUACAUUUCACUUGUCUUGUUGCAUGAUGGUUAAUAGCUGAUUUGGAAAUGACAUUUCUCUCCUAGAUUAAUUUUUGUGUUUGUAAGAUGUGCAUAUUGCUUUGCAGAAUAAAAACUAUGAAGUUUA